AUGGAAACCCUAGAUUCAGCACCAUCAACUCCAGCAAGAAACACUGAUUCUAAGCCUCGAACACCAUCUCCAUUUCCUUCAACAGUGCUCAGACUGUGGAGGCCUCACGCGCAAAGAAAUUUGAGGAACCAGUGGUCACAAUUUGCAUUGUGCAAAAAUCGAUGGUCCUCUGCUUCUUCUGCAGGAAGAUCUCAUGCAACUGACCUCGUUAAUUCUCAUCUUUCCCAAAGGUACAUGCCUGAUAUGAAUUUAGGUGUUCUGAGCGAUAUGCCUGAUAUAAGAAAGAGAGCUUGUUUGAAACUCUUUAAGCGGCAGGAAUUACAAAGGAGCAAAUUAUUGCUGUGUUAUAAGGACAUGGUGGGCAUUGUACAUGACAUGAUCAAUGUUAGAAGAUCAAUGAAGUGUUUCUUCAAAGGAUCAAACAAUAGUUCACUGUUACAGUUUUCUUGUAACCCUGCAGACCAGAGUGAUUUUGGAGAUGGUGGAGAUGGUGGUGGAAUUCCAGUAUUUAAAUUUUAUUCAAUCACAUCACAUGAGAAAUUUGCUGAGGAGCUGGUUCAGAUGUUUAGCCUGGAACUGUGUUUGAAGAGAUUACUUGUUCUUGAAUUUAUGUCCAUUGGUUAUGACAACUCAGAAGUAAAACAGUUGCAUUGGUCAACUCAGCUUUUUGAAGAUGAAUUCAAAUAUUUGAGAGACUGCAAUCUGUACUGUGAAGUGACUCAUGGACCAGUUCCACCAAGAUUCAGGGAUGGGAAAUCUGACAUCGGCGCUUUAAGAUUUGACAACCAACCCAAUCCUGAGGUUUUACAGGUUUAUUUAACAACAUGGCUUGCAGAGGCAAACAUAGACACUCUCAAAGUGAAUGAAAUAUUUGCAGUGGUUGGGGAAGAAAUGCAUGUUAGCAUUAUUUAA